ACAACACAAAUCCACUCGACCAAUUGCAAAAUCUCUCCAAGUUCACAACUGCUAAAAUUCCACCCACCAUCUAUUCUACUCUUCUUCCUUUUUUUUUCUUACAUCUUCCCAUCGCGAAUUUACUAACCACCACAGCCAUCUUUCUUCAGUCGACAACCACCGACUAAGAUGGCAAAGGAAGCACCCGCCCGUACUGGGCUGACCAUCGGUCUCAACCAUGGCUAUAAAACCACCGCUCGCGUCGUCAAGCCCCGUGUCUCGCGCACCAAGGGUCACCUAAGCAAGCGUACCGCUUUCGUCCGCGACAUCGUCAAGGAGGUUGCUGGCCUCGCCCCCUAUGAACGCCGAGUUAUCGAACUGCUGCGCAACAGCAAGGAUAAGCGAGCACGUAAGCUAGCCAAGAAGAGACUUGGUACCUUCGGCCGUGCCAAGAAGAAGGUUGACGAGCUUCAACGCGUCAUCGCCGAGUCUCGCAGAGCCGGUCACUAAACGAAUCGAUCUCGAGAUCAUGGUGAUGGAUAAUGGAGGCACGAAAGAAAGAAAAAGCCAAAACACACUUGGCAUGAGGUCCGGCGUCCGUCUUUCGGCAUUGCAUUUUACGGAGGAUAGGUUCGGUCAGAUAGCAUUGUGCUAGCUUUCUACUACAAUGCCAAAUGAAACAAAUGAAACAACGUGGUUCUUUCUCAUGACA